GAAGCUCUGAAUUAUGGUUGCAGUGGAAUCGGAACAGCGAUCGGAUCCAAUGCCUUACCUCAGGCGCCAAUCAUUAUGUUUGGAAACGAUGAACAAAAACGACAAUAUUUGGGACGAAUGACAGGUUCAGAGGUGUUGUGUGCGGCCUAUUGUGUGACCGAACCUUCGGCUGGAAGUGAUGUAAAUGGAGUUAAGACUAGAGCUGAGAAGAACAAAGACGGAAAUUAUGUACUCAAUGGCCAGAAAAUGUGGAUCACUAGUGCGGGGGUCGCCAACUGGUACUUUGUAUUGGCCCGAACUGAUCCCAAUCCUAAGACUAAAGCGAGUAAAGCGUUCACUGGCUUUAUAGUGGAGGCCGAUAGCGAGGGAGUAGUAAUCGGCCGUAAAGAGGAUAUGUUGGGUCAGAGAGCGUCGGACACCCGAGGGGUUAGUUUUGAGAAUGUAAUCGUUCCCAAGAAGAACGUGUUGGGCGAAGAAGGUAUGGGUUUCCGUAUAGCAAUGGGUGCGUUCGAUCUGACCCGAGCACCGGUGGGUUGCGGUGCCGUGGGUUUGGCUCACAGGGCCUUCGAUGAGGCGACUAAAUGGAGUUUUGAGAGACACACGUUUGGUGUGCCUAUCCAUCAGCACCAGGCCGUGCAGUUCAUGUUAGCCGAUAUGGCCAUUGGUAUCGAAACGGCCAGAAUGGCAGUGCAAAGGGCGUGUUGGGACUUCGACCAAGGUCAUAAAAACACAUACUGGGCAUCGAUAGCCAAGUGCUGGGCCGGAGAUGUGGCCAAUAAGUCAGCUGCCGAUGCGGUCCAGAUCUUCGGCGGCGCGGGUUUUAAUAAGGAAUAUCCCGUCGAAAAACUUAUGAGAGACGCAAAGAUAUACCAGAUAUAUGAGGGAACCGCACAAAUACAACGUGUUAUCAUUGCCAGGGAAUUACUAACACAAGCAAAACAACUAUUAUAA